ACAGACAAUUUGAAUUCAGAAUUCCGCAGGGUCGGAAUCACGGGUUGUCUUGGGACUAGGUAGGGGUACGAUUUUAUAGACACAUUUGUAGGGGUUUGCAUUCAAAACUUUACGUACUAAAAAUAGCUUCUAAAUAGUACAUGAAUGCAAAUGUAUUUAAGGCAUACUACGAAGCAGAGAUUAGUAUCAUAUCAUCAUUGUCAACAAUACCGUUCAUCAAUACAUUCCUAUAUACAAAAUGACAAUCCAGGCUACAAAGGCGUCAAUCUGUGCUGCUGAUGCUCAUAGGCGAGCUAGCACAGCUUUCAGAGCAGGCAUCACACUUCCAAUAAGCUGGAGAAAGAAUCAAUUACAGGCCCUCAGAAGCAUGAUAAGUGAAAAUGAGAAAGCUAUUCAGAAGGCUGUUUUUGCGGAUUUAGGGAAGAGUCCCGAGGAGGUCUGGUUAGCGGAGACACAAGCCUCAAUCAAUGGUAUCGAUAGCAUGAUCGCCAAUGUAGAUAGCUGGUCAAGAGCAACUCACGUAAACACAGAUGUUUUCAACUAUCCAGCUACAUCCAUGAUCAAGCCAGAACCCCUGGGCACGGCCCUGAUUAUCGGUUGCUGGAACUAUCCGAUCACGCUUAUUGCCGAUCCCAUGGCUGCAAGCAUUGCAGCCGGUAAUGCUGUUGUUGUCAAAACAGGAGCCGAGACACACUCGCCUAAGACGAUGCAGCUUUUGUGUGAGCUAAUUCCGAAGUACAUGGACAAAGAAGUGAUCAGCAUUGUUUCCGGUGGCUUCGACGAACUGCAGGAUCUUUUAUCAAUGCGCUGGGAUGUCAUUUUCGCAACCGGUUCACCCGGACUCGGUCGCAUGGUAGCCAAGGCAGGCGCACCAAACUUGACCAAAUGUAUACUGGAACUUGGUGGCAAGUCACCGGUGUACGUUGGCAAGGAUGCCAAUCUAGCUGUAGCUGCCAAGCGUAUUGUGUGGGGAUCAUUGGGCCUAAAUGCAGGACAGACGUGUGUACGUCCCGAUCACAUGUUCGUAGACAGCUCAAUCGCCGAAGCUUUCAUCAGUACACUGAAGGAAACAAUAGUUGCUCAGUACGGUGUCGAUCCACAGCAAAGUACGGCUUUUGGACGUAUGGCGAAGGUACCGGCACAUCACGAGCGCUUAGCUAAUAUGAUUAAGAACGAUAGCAAGUACAUAGUACAUGGUGGCGAAACAGACGCUUCAGAUUUCUAUGUCGCACCUACACUCUUAGACUUUGGAGCGGACUCUGAUGCUUAUCAUGCUGCUGCUUGCAUGCAGGAGGAGAUCUUUGGUCCCAUACUACCCAUACUACGUGUAGAUAGUGCCGAGGAAGCGAUCGAUUCCAUUCUAACACGAGAAAAACCACUAGCUAUGUAUGCAUUCACACAUGAUAGACACGUACAAGACAUGUUUAUGAACGUAUCUGCAGGCAGUCUCCAGUUCAAUGAUACCAUUACAUUCAUGCUGAACGAGAAUCUUCCUUUUGGAGGGGUAGGGAAUUCAGGCAGCGGUAAGUACCAUGGCUACCAAGGCUUUGUAGAGUUCAGUCACAUGAAGUCUAUUAUGAUCAACUCGAAUCUGAACGACUUGAAGGCGCGCUUCUCACCCCAAACAAACAUCGACAUGGCUGUGAUGAAGCUCGCACAUCGCCACAUUCCUGCGAUUGUGGUGAGCAGUCUAAACCAAAUGCACUACUUUGCUUUCGCAACCGUCGCAGUUGGUGCUGCGGCCUUCAUGCUUGGGAAAUAUAUAUGAACACCUGCCAGCUAUCAAAGGCAAUGAAGUAAAGUCAUAACCGUUU